CAAUAUCAUAAAUGUCAAGAAUUUUGUGAUAAUUUAUUAAUAAAUAGUUCGUUUACUUACGAAUCGAUAACAUAUCUAUUCCAAGGGGACUAUGUCUGGGAAUACCAUUACGACAAUCGGUCGGUAAAUAACAAACAAACAAUUGAUAGAAAGUUUUUCGUCAAUAGAUUUAUCAUAAAUACUGCAUUUGUGCACAAAUAUUUUGGUUUAGAUAUAUUGUAUAUGUUUUCGGACAAAAUGUAUUUUUUGAGAAGUCUUUCCAAAAGUGAGUCGGGAAUGACUGUUAAUAAAAUACGAAAUAAAACAUUAGUGCCACACAAAUGGCAUCCACACGCCGGCCAACUAUCUGAUUGGUUUCCCUCUCAUCUUAGCGAUGGUCUGGUAGUCAAUGAUAUGCUAUUCCUGUUUCGCAGGUUUAAGGUUUUUCAUACACUCAUUAACUACUAUUGGCCAAAAGAUAAUAAAACUUUAUUAUUUGGCGGAUCAAUGGCCGAAGUUACCAAAGUUGAUGCCAUUUUUACUGUCAGUCAUAACAAACAAGUGAUUAUUAUAUGGAAUUUAAAAUAUUGUAUAUUUGAUAGAAAACUAAUUGAAGAUAAAGUUUUAGAUAGUUUUACAGUAAAUUGCAAAUGGGAAAACGUGACACAACUGUUUGGUUGUUCACAAUUGAAUUCAACCACAACAUUGACAGUUGACAUAAGUACUACUGACACGAAUAAUCUUAAUGUAGACAAUAUGACUACUGAAGUGACCAAUAAUGAUGAAGUGACCCAAACAAACCAAUCCAUUGACAAAUUAACUAUUAUUUUGAUAGUAUUAAUACUAAUAGUUUUAAUAAUAUUGUGUGCUUUUAGUUUAAUCAUUUGUUUUAAAUAUGGCAUUUCUCAAAAGAAAAAGAGUACUAAAUUAACUGAUCCGAUGUCAAGUAUAACAUUGAACGAAACAACUAUAAAGACUAUUGACUCGCAAACCGGUAUAACAGUUAAAUCUAGAAAAAGUCAAACUACAGAAUAG